AGCUCAAGGAAUCCCUGCGGCGCGAGAGUGCGAGCCUGUGUAGCCUGAUGAGCGACUUCGACAAGGCAAGCUCGCCCUUGAUUUCUUCAGAUCCUUCACAGGGCAGUCCGACGACCCCAGCACCAGCAGCCACAGCAGCUGCCGCAGCCACGGCUGGCCAGCGGUUGGCAGGCUUUGCGUGUGAGACAGCCUCGUUGCCAAGCGAUGCUUCAUCGAGCCGGCUUGGGCAGUCAGCUGAGCCACGUGCCAAGAGGCCACAGACUCCCCAGCUCAACGGUCAAGCGGCUCGUCAAGAACCCCGAAGUGAUGAAGCUGAACAGGAGGCGGUGCCACAGGGCCGUCCGCAGACAGCCACGCCUGCCGCAGCGGCCACGGAAGGGCAGCGCGUGGAAGAAACUGCUCAGCAAGAGACGGCACGCCGGUGGAGGGGGCGGAGCCGCUCUGUGUCCACCACUGAGACCGUCUCUUGGGGGACGCUCUCUGAUGGGGAUGCCUCUGUGGCUUGGGAGGCCGUGGGAGCGGCAAGGGGGGGCAUGGGUUGGCAUCGCAGCCGCCUCCGGAACAUGGACUUUGGCCCACAGAUUUACAUGCCAUCGAAAGUGGUGCAAAAGUGGCGUGGCCUGGCGCCGGAGGAGAGGAGUUUGACCAACUUCCCGAGGGCCAUCAAUGAGCCGGAAAUCAAGAACUACUUGCUUCACUCGGUUUGGCAUCGAGUUGAUCGCAACCUCCGGGAGGAAGAUGUUGAGGAGGAGACACCGGCGAUGUGGUGGUUCGGCAUUGACGGACCAAGGCAAGAGGUCUUCCUGCUGAUCCUCAACUCGAACAUGGUGUCUCGCCACGACUUCACGGCCCGCCUGCUGCUGGUACUGGUGCCCAACAACCGGAUGGGAGGCUCACCCUCCAACCCCAACCAGCUGCUGUUUGCACACUUGUUCCCUUCCUCGAACCUUUGCAGUGAGCCCAGGAUGUCCUCCAUGCUGAGAAAUAGCCUGCGCGAGCUGCUCCCAGACUUCGACCUUUGUUGUCGUGAUGCCAUUUGCCGUCUUGAGGAGUCUGGGGUGCCGCUGGUGCCGGCGGCCUUCGAGACCAGCCGCAGGGAGGAUCUGACCUUUGAUCCCAGGGCCAGGGUCAAUGUCGUGGGCAUUGCCCAGCACAUUCGGCACGAAGCCCGCUCGCAUCGCAUCCCAGUGGAGUUCUCCCACCUAAGUGACGCUGACAUCAAUCAGCGAGUGCAGUGGGCGAUCACCCGGCUCAGGAAUUCGCCCCAUUGCGCCGUCCCCCAGUACUUUACCGACCGAAAUUGCGUGCGUGGCGGUUCCAUCAACUUCCUAGCGCCCCUCAGCUUGUCGGAGCCCGGAUCAGAUGAUGCCGCCGUGGCUUUGGUCCUGGUGCCGGAGCGCAGCCGAACUGGCGAAAGGUAUUACAACGCCAUGACGAUUCUCUCCCUGAUGGAGGCGCACUUGAAUGCCCUGGUGGUAAACCCCUUCAGCGGCCACUGGCUUCGCAUCCAGUUCUAAGAGCAAAGUGAGCAAGGGCCAAAGCCCUGUUGGAUUCGGCUGACCCCUUUCCUCAGCAAGGGGACACAGAGUUUGAGGAGAAUUCCCGUGCUCAUGGGCCACUGGGCCAUUUCGUGAAAAGCAGGCCAACUCGCCAACACAAGCCCGAAUCGGCUGCAAGAAUCCACCAGGGGUGAUGCCUAGUCAAAUUCAGUCAAGUCUUACGACUUGAGCCCAGUCUUUCGCCCAUCCUGUUGGCGCAAAGCUGAAAGGAUGAGGCGAUGCAGAGCCAUGGAUUUGCUGCAUGCAACUCAGCAGUGCAGGAGGCGCAUGAGAGCUUCCAGGUCUGCGAUGAGUCCAGGUUUGCGAUGUUGCGUAGGAGUGCGUGUUGUUUGUUGCGUGC